UGAGUUUUAACCGUCGUUCUGCCAACAUUCUGUCCCUUUAAAUGUUUGGUGUUGCACGCUGUGGAGAGAGAACAAUUGAUCGGGGCGAUUGAAAUCGUAUUAUUGAGCUGUUCGUCGAGGAUAAGAGUAUUGAAGUGAUUUUGGGACUGUUUGCGGGGACUGAUCGUUUCAGUGAUUCAUGAUUUUUGGGAGAAUAAUUGUCUCGAGACAGUCCACCGUUGGGGAAGCCAUUGCCCCGCAGUGAUAAUUUCAAGAGAUUCCUCCGAGUCGACGGGGUUUAUUUGAUUAGUGAGGGGUAAAUUAUAGCGCAAGAUGUCUCAUUUGAGGUAUCAGAAGGAGUUGAGCAAUCUCACCCGCAUGGACGAUGCCAUCAAGGGGCCACUGCCUCGAUGGCAGAAAAAAGGACUUGAUGCUUCAAAUUCAAGCAUCAACAUUAGCAUGAAUAGCUCUCGUAUGAACGCCUCGUCGAUGAGUCUAGUCCCUGGGAAAACUCCAACAAAGCGUGCCGAAAUGAAAACGAAGAAGACGCCGAAUAAAAACGCCAAGAAGUCACCGAGUCGCACCAACGCAACGACACCAGCGAAGACACCCAGUGGUGGAGACAGGUUCAUCCCCUCCAGGUCGACCACCAACUUCGACCUGGCGUACCACAAGCUGCAUCAGCACGCCUCCGACCCAGACCAUGACAAAACAUCGAUGAAUGACGCUACGAGCCCCUCGAAGAAGGAGAUGCAGCGUUUGAUAAGUGAGAACUUGCACGGUGGUGACAUCAACAGCAUGCGAGUCCUCUCGUACCAGAACAAGGCUCCAGAGCCCCCAGAAGGUUAUCAGAACCCUCUUAGAGUGGUGUACAGUCAGUCGAAGACUCCAGCCAGCCUCAAGACCUCCAGCAGGUAUAUUCCCCAGGCUCCAGAUCGCAUCCUCGAUGCGCCUGAAAUUGUCGACGAUUACUACCUCAACCUCGUCGACUGGUCGUCCAGCAAUGUUCUGGCUGUGGCCCUAGGUGGUAAUGUUUACCUGUGGAAUGCUGCCACUGGCACUAUCGAGCAGCUGUUCGAACUCGAAGGAAAUGACUAUGUUUGCUCGGUCGCUUGGAUACAGGAGGGGCCUUAUUUGGCUGUUGGAUGCACCAGUGGGAAUACUGAGCUCUGGGACUGUAGUCAGAUGAAAAGGGUCAGAAUUAUGAAUGGGCAUGCUGCCAGGGUAGGAUCACUCGCGUGGAAUGCACAUAUUCUCACUAGUGGAUGCAGAGCUGGAAACCUUGGCCAUCAUGAUGUGCGUCAACGCGAUCACCUGGUCUCGUCAGUGCACGCCCAUGCCCAGGAAAUCUGUGGCUUGAAGUGGUCAACAGACGGUAAGUACCUAGCCAGCGGAGGCAACGACAACAUGCUGCAGAUAUGGCCGGCAAUAGGAGGCACAAAUCAGGCACAAACGAGGCCGAUUUACACCAUGAACCAGCACCAGGCUGCUGUGAAAGCCCUGGCCUGGUGUCCAUGGCAGACCAACGUUUUGGCCAGUGGCGGAGGAACCGCUGACAGAACUAUUCGCUUCUGGAACUGCAACACCGGUGCCUGCCUCAAUUCCGUGGACACCCAGUCCCAAGUGUGCUCGCUGCUCUGGUCCCCAACGUACAAGGAAAUCGUUUCAGGACAUGGCUAUGCCCAGAACCAGCUGACCAUCUGGAAAUACCCAAAUAUGACAAAAGUAGCUGAACUGACAGGCCACACGGCUCGUGUUCUCCACUUGGCAAUGUCUCCAGAUGGUACGACAGUUCUCAGUGCUGGGGCCGAUGAGACUCUACGUCUGUGGAAGUGCUUCCAGCAAGACCCCACGAAGAAGAAGAAGGACCACUUCGAGCCCAAAUCCGUGGCAUCGAAGCUGAAGCAAUCAAUUCGAUGAAUAAUAUUUUCUCGUUCUGACGAUAGAUAAUUUGUCUUUUAUAAUUUAUAUUUUUUUAUGACUGAGUAGAUUAUGAUGGAAUUUUUGCUGGCUACACUACUUUUUAGAUAAUAAAGAGAUUUUGAAGACAGUGUGGGUAAUUAGAAAUAUUGUGUUUUCAUUUAAUUCAGUAAUUCUAAUAAUUAUUUUUUUAUUGCACGAAGUGGAUAAUUUUGUAGUGAUGGUGAAUACAUAAAGAUUGUUGAGCAUGA